CUUCCUGCUCUCAGACACACCUUGAAGCUGGUGGAGCAACAUCUGCUGGAGGUGAAAGCUGAUUGGCUGCAGCCUCUCUGCUCUGACACGUGAUUUGUAGAUCAGAGCUCAGAGCAGUUGCUGUUUUCAGGAAACGAAACUCACACAGUCACUGUGACCGAGAGGAGAAAUGGAGCAGAACCAGCUGGACCGAGAAACCUUGUCCUGUUCGAUCUGUCUGGAUCUACUGAAGGAUCCGGUGACUAUUCCCUGUGGACACAGCUACUGUAUGAAGUGUAUUAAAAACUUCUGGGAUGAAGAGGAUCACAAAGGAAUCCACAGCUGCCCUCAGUGCAGGAAAACUUUUCUACCGAGGCCUGAGCUGAGUAAAAACACCAUGUUAGCAGCUUUAGUGGAGCAGCUGAAGAAGACUGGACUCCAAGCUGCUCCUGCUGAUCUCUGCUAUGCUGGACCUGAAGAUGUGGCCUGUGAUUCCUGCUCUGGAAGAAAACUGAAAGCCAUCAAGUCCUGUUUAAUCUGUCUGGCCUCUUACUGUGAGAAACACCUUCAGCCUCAUUAUGAUUCAGCUGCAUUUAAGAAACACAAGCUGGUGGAGCCCUCCAAGAACCUCCAGGAGAACAUCUGCUCUCGCCACGACACAGUGUCAGCUGCAGCAGAAAGGACUGAGAGGCAGAGAGAGCUGGAGGUGAGACGAGAAAACAUCCAGCAGAGAAUCCAGGACAGAGAGAAAGAUGUGAAGCUGCUUCAACAGGAGCUGGAGGCCAUCAAGCACUCUGCUGAUAAAACAGUGGAGGACAGUGAGAAGAUCUUCACUCAGCUGAUCCGUCUCAUCCAGAAAAGAAGCUCUGAUGUGAAGCAGCAGAUCAGAUCCCAGCAGGAAACUGAAGGGAGUCGAGUCAAAGAGCUUCAGGAGAAGCUGGAGCAGGAGAUCACUGAGCUGAAGAGGAAAGACGCUGAGCUGAAGCAGCUCUCAGACACAGAGGAUCACAACCAGUUUCUCCACAACUACCCCUCACUGUCAGCACUCAGUGAGUCUACACACUCAUCCAGCAUCAAGAUCCGUCCUCUGAGCUACUUUGAGGAUGUGACAGCAGCUGUGUCAGAGCUCAGAGAUCAACUACAGGACAUCCUGAGAGACGCAUGGACAAACAUCUCACUGAGACUCACUGAGGUGGAUGUUUCACUGUCAGAACCAGAACCAAAGAGCAGAGCUGGAUUCUUGAGAUAUUCAUGUGAAAUCACAAUGGAUCCAAACACAGCAUACAGGAAGCUGUCACUAUCAGAGGGGAACAGGAAGGUGACAUUGAUGAAUCAACCUCAGUCUUAUUCUAGUCAUCCAGACAGAUUCACUGAUUAUCUUCAGGUUCUGAGUAGAGAGAGUCUGACUGGACGUUGUUACUGGGAGGUGGAGUGGAGAAAGAGCGUUAUUGUAGCAGUCGCAUACAAGAAUAUCAGCAGAGCAGGAGGAUGGAAAAAAUGUGUAUUUGGACGUAAUGACAAAUCUUGGGCAUUAAUUUGUUCCCAAGGAAGUUAUGAAUUUGUUCACAACAACAUCUGGACCUCCAUCUCAGGUCCUGGUUCCUCCAGAGUAGGAGUGUACCUGGAUCACAGAGCAGGUAUUCUGUCCUUCUACAGCGUCUCUGAAACCAUGACUCUCCUCCACAGAGUCCAGACCACCUUCACUCAGCCGCUACAUGCUGGAGUUUGGGUUGGAGGUUCUGCUGAGUUCUGUAAACCCAAAUAGACAGAAUCCACUGAAGGUUCAGUGAGUUUGAUUCUGGUUUUUAAAUCUCCAGCAGAUUUU